GAUACCGUCUCUUGCUCCCUUGUGCAGUCUAUAGUCUUCAAGGAUAUAUAGGAACAAUCCGGAAACAAAAAGAAAAGGGAAAUCCUAAUCCAACACAAACAAUGAAAAAAUAAACUCUCUAGGGAAAGGAAUAACUAGGAAGCCUACGGUUGUCUUCAAUCUUGUUAAUUCCUAGCUUAGCUUAUGCAAACAAACAAUUAAUGGCUCUACAAUUUCCCUUUUGUCUUCUUACAUCACUAGUAAUCAUAUUACUAACUUUCCCUUCCACCACCAUCUCAACCAGCAGAAAACUACUACUCUUAUCAUCAGAUGCACUUUCAAAACCUAAUAUGAAUACUGUUACUAAUUCCCAUCUUAAUUAUGAAGACUCAACAACACAGCUGCUUGACAUUGCUCCUAUUCCUAGUUAUGAACAAUAUGGGAGCACUGAUCAUCAUCUUCUUCUUCAUCAUCAUCAUCAUCUUCAUAUCAUCAUCAUCAUCAUCAUCAUCAUCAUCAUUAUCGUCGUCGUCGUCAUCAUGGUCACAAAUUCCACAAGUUUAUUCAUAUCCUGUCAAUCGCUAUUUCGAUCUUUUCAGAUGUGGUAAUGAAGCAUCAUUGAAGACUUAUUGGACCCAAUUAAACCCAGGUCGCAGAUUUUUAUGUUGUAAAAUACCAAAGAAAAUGGGUGGUUGUGAUUAUUUCUUUUGGAUCGAAGAUAGGCACCCUGCGCAAGCAAAUAGGGUGAUGUGGGGUUUGUUGAAGAAAGUGAAGGCUUUUGAGGAGAAAAGAAUUCGAGCGAGAAAUAUGCUCAUUGUUGCUGGUUUUGUGAUGCUCGGGAUAUGGAAAAUCAAGCCAAAUUGUUAGAUGGAGCAGUACAAUAUGUGCUCCUUAAGUACUUGCCUUUUGCUAAGUUGUGUAGUUGUAAUAUUGUUAGGAUUGUCGGAACGUAAUUUGGUUACUGCAUCGUUGUGACAACUUUGUAUUUUGGCAUGGCUGAACUUUGGCCAGCAGUCACUCAUGUAAACCAGCAUUUUGAAUGAAAUGAAAUGAAAUGUU